AUGGAAGCGACAAACUACCUACUUCCACGGCUUGAUCCAAAUCAAGGCUGCACAAAGGCGACAUGUGAAGCUUCACAGUCAAUCUACGGCUACGAGCCAAACCUGGCUGCUACUGUCAUCUUCCUCAUCUUGUUCGCUACUUCGGGUCUCAUACAUCUCUGGCAAGGCAUCACCACCAGGACCUAUUUCUUCAGCAUCGCGAUGGCUAUCGGUUGUCUGGCAUCCGUCAUCGGAUACAUCGCGAAAAUACUUCUCCAUGAUGACCCCUUUUCGGAUAUUGGGUUUAAGAUGAGCGUAGUCGUGCUCACCUUUGCCCCAGCUUUCUUCGCCGCAGGAAUAUACUACACCUUGAAGCACAUCUGCCUUACGUUCGGAUCGAGCUUCAGCCGCCUCAGGCCAUCGAUGUACACAACGGUCUUCAUCUCAUGUGACCUAUUCAGCAUCGUACUACAGGCCAUCGGUGGAGGACUCGCUUCGGCGUCCACAAGUAUGACUAUUCUCAGAGUAGGCGACAAUGUGAUGAUUGCAGGUCUAGCGUUUCAGGUAGCCACAAUGGUGGCGUUUGGUGCUUUGGCAGCGGACUAUGGUCUUGCUGUCAGACGAAAUCGCUCAAGUCUGAACUCAAAGACCGAGGAGCUUCGCGACUCACUGCGCUUUAAACUUUUCCUUGCUGCACUAUGGAUUGCUUACCUGUGUGUUCUUGUCCGUUGCUGCUAUAGGCUUGCGGAGCUGGCAAAAGGCUGGUCAGAAGACAAUGAGAUCCUGCGAAACGAGGACCUGUUCAUUGGUCUGGAUAGCGUUACAUGCGGGAUUGCAACACUCAUACUAAAUUUCUGGCAUCCGGGAUGGUGCUUUCCAAAGGAACAACAGGAGAUCGCGGAAAAAAUCUCGUCGACUAAUGACAGCAGUGACCUCGAGGCAGUGGUGGGGACAGACUUCAGAUAG